AUGAGCACCCUAUCUUUGAAAUGUCCUUUGUGCUGUGAUGAGCAGUUUUCUUCCUAUGAUUCACUGAAAUAUCACAUCUUGGCAGUUGUUGAAAAUGUACUCUGUCCUGCUUGUAACAUGAGAUUUGAAAAUGUUUUGGAAUUGGCUGAACAUGUUGGAAGAGAAUGCAAGGAAAAAGAUGAUGUUUCUACACCAGUUGAUGUCGCUUUGGUUAAACAAGAAAUUCCCAAGAUUGAUGAUCCUUCCCAAUGUGGGACUGAAACAGAAGCACCUAUUGCAGCUGGUGAGAUAGAAUUGCAAGGAAAUGAAGUACAAUCCAUUGGUGAAAACAAUCCAGAAAACAUGUUGGAUGUUGAUAAAAAUGCAGAUUGUAGGUACAUGUGUGAAAUGUGUAAUAAUAUGGAAUUCACCUCUGUCCAAGAACAUUUGGAUAAGUAUCAUGAAGGAGAAGAUGUUGUUUUGGAUACAGGAGAGAACGGAACUGAAGACACCCAACAAGAAGAAACAGAAGAUAACACUUUCGAAAUAGAAGACAGCGUCGAAUCACCGAACGAUCUCGACAUGGAAAUGCCCGACGCAGAAUCCGAUGAUGGUGGGAAUAAAAAAGAAGAGUUCAUUCGGGGCGGUCGAAAAAUCAACGAAUUUUGGUUGAACGAGCAUUCCAAUGAAAUUCCCAUCACGGAAUAUUAUGUGAUGACCGACGGACGGAUAAUAAAAAUCGGCGAGGAAGAAGCUAGCAGGAUAGACGACAGGAAUUCUGUUAUUGAAAUCCACCAGUGUCCCAGGUGCUUCCUGCAAUUUCCCAAAAUGGACCAUUACAUGAAACACAUCUGCAAUCCGGACAAGUCCAAUGACAAUUUCAAGUGCGCCCAUUGCAGGGCCGUCUUCCACAACUACCAAUCCUUGAAUGCGCAUAUGCGAAUUCACAUACCCAAGGACGCGGAUGCCAAGGAGAAGCGCAUCGUGACUUUGGGCCCCCACCCCUGCGACGAAUGCGGCACCACUUUCCCCUCCUACAAGAGCAUGAAGCUGCACCAAAGGAUGCACGACCCGAAGGCGGCGGCAGCCAAGUGCCGGGGGGCGAUCGCAAAGGGGGGCGCGAACGAUAAGACCCCCAUGGGGGUGCUGCGGCAGAUGUUCGUCUGCAACAUUUGCACCAUGACGUAUGACAAGCAGUACGAGGAGAUACACAUGAGGUCGCACAAAAUCGAAGAGAGCUUCAACUGUAUGACGUGCAACAGGAAAUUCGACACAAAAGAGAAUUUGGAGAUGCACUCUCGCGUCCACAGCAACGUCAAAAAGUACGUCUGCUCCUAUUGCAAGAAACCCUUCGCCACCGAAGAAGCCUUAAAAGAGCAUGUCACCGAGGAGUGCAGAGACCGAAACUACGAGUGCCAGUACUGCGGCCGGCGAUUCUCUCGUCCUCACGAAAAAGUCAAACACGAGCGGAUCCACACGGGCGAGAAGCCGCACGUGUGCCAAAUAUGCGGCAAAUCCUUCCGCGUCAGCUAUUGCCUCACUUUGCAUUUGCGCACGCAUUCCGGCGACAGGCCGUACGAGUGCAAGCUGUGCGACAAGCGGUUCAAGUCGUACAGCGUCUACAAUCAUCAUCUGUUGACGCAUUCCGAGGUCAGAGCUUAUAGGUGUCCGUACUGCCCUAAAGCCUUCAAGACUGCAGUGCAAUGGGCCGGCCAUCGAAACAGCCACACGAAGCCUUUCAAUUGCAAAGAAUGCAAUCGACCGUUCGCCUCGCUUUAUGCCGUUAAGGCGCAUAUGGAGACACACAAGAGAGAGAACAACCUGCGGUUCGACUGUUUCGUGUGCGGCGCUACCUAUGCCAGAGACUACGCUCUGCGCGACCACGUGAAAAGCCAACAUCCGGAGGCGGCGCUGGAAGAAACGGCGGAACAAGGCGUCGACGUCGAUCGCGCCGAGACGCUCGACAGCACCGAGCUGAUCGAGCACGAGAUGGUGCAAGAGGACGAACAGAAGACGGCUUCUUGA